AUGGAAUGGAAUAGCUCUGCGAAGUUAGGGCCAAAUAACAUUUCAGCCAACUGUGCGCGUCCAUCCACAAAAUCCUGUUCCAGCAAUGAACUUGCACGUUCCACUAUUCCUCCACCGGCAAAUUCAUUUUCUCCCCUUUCCAAUCCACGAGAUGCUGACCUUAAAUGCGAAGUUUGCUCUAAGCCAGCAUACCUUCAAUGUUCACUAUGCAGAGUCACCUAUUACUGCAACGUAGAGCAUCAAAAAAUUGAUUGGAUCGGCAUUCAUGAGAGAAUCUGUUCGACAUUGGAAUGGUUGCGUAAACCUCUAGGCUUCAUUCCAACAGAAGAAGAGCGUUUAAAAAAGAUGAAAAAAAUCAAGAAAGUUCAGACUAAUUUGUUCGAAGUAACGAAGAACACAGGACUGAAAUUGUUAUUUGGUGGAAUGGCGGAGGCUGCUAUUCCAGCAGCUCUUCAGUGCCUAAAGUUUUCAGCUGAGGUAUACGGCAUGGCUAGCGUUGAGUUGGUUAUUCCGUACCUUCUCUUGGCUGAAGCUAACAUAAUGCUCAAGCGGUUGGAACAAGCCGAAUCUAACCUUGCCCAAGCACAAUGGAUAAUGCUAAAAACCCAGCAUGAAUGUCCUGAUGCCAUACGAUCAGCGGUUCAGAGGAAAUUAGGCCUCCUUUUUGCAACUAAAGGCGAAUAUCAAGCUGCCUUGGAAUGCCUUGCUCAAGAUGCAAGCUUACUUAACCUCUACAUCUAUUACUCGUCAUGCGCCUAUGGUCCCAGUCACAUUCGCACUGCCGGUGGGUACUUCCAAAUGGCGGAGGUAUUCUACAAGCUUUACCUAAACGAAAAAGAACCUGUUUGUGAACACGUCGAAAGAGAAGCCAACAAGGAGGCAGAUCGUUGUCCCCAGGGCAUGAUUAAUCCCUCAGCGGCACAACAGAUCCCCGGAAUGGACGGAUGCCGUCCAAUGCCACCAGCUUUGGUGUUGAAGGAUCGCAACUCCUGCGAGGAAUUUGCUCUCUCUCUAAACUCACCCCUUUUCCUUUCAAGGGUGUACAAAAAACCCUCAGUGCUUCCAAAACCUGCCCAAAAAGAUCAGGUUGCGGACGACCUAUACGCAAGAGUAGUCGAUAUUUGGGCUAAUCAUCUGUCAUCCAUCAUUGUCACGCGAAUUCGAAAACCCGCUAUAUCGGGGGAAUGCGAUACAGUCUUUUUGGAAUUACAACCAGUUGAUGAGAAGGAACUUGGUGAAACAGAUGCUGCAGAGGCCAAGAAAAUGCUGACAACAAUCAACCGGUAUAGGAGUCAAAGAGCGGCUUUGGACGGAGCUGAGUUCAGCACCUCGGCAGCCGGUCGUCCUGAUCCUCGAGCUCGUCUACUUCUUGCUCUCUCUAUGCUCUUCUGGCUGCUUAAUGACAAAGCCAAGGUCAACACCUAA